AUGGCAACCUCUAUCCGCACGGCGACCGGCGCGGAGGUUCAAGCGUUGGCACCUGUUAAUCGACAUGCACAUGCCAAGUUCAAGAGAUCCUCCGCGCCGCAACCCCUCGCACCGCUGGCGCCAGUUCGAUUGAAGAAGAAAUACAGACAUGUCGCAGCUGCACAUUCAAUUCCGAGAACCUCAUGUCUCAGCCACGAUUCCGAAGCUACUCCCAGUUUCUUGGGGUUUAGGAACUUAAUGGUUAUUGUCCUCAUUGUUGGGAAUCUACGCUUGAUGAUUGAGAACUUCAAGAAGUACGGAGUCUUGAUAUGUAUACAAUGCCACGAUUACAGACGACAAGACCUGAUUCUUGGAGCUGCAUUAUUCUUCAUAAUCCCAUGCCAUCUCUUUCUCGCUUACGUCGUCGAAUUGGUUGCGGCCCAACAAGCUAGAAGAUCGCUUCAAGGGGGAAAGAAGAGGCCUGGGACCGCUACACCUGGAGGAAGCUAUGUUGCAUCAGACGAGGAGAGGCUGAAGUUCCAAUCGACCUGGAAGAUGAUUGCAUGGAUCCAUGGAAUCAAUGCCUCCCUCUGCCUCCUCAUAACCUCCGUCAUCGUCUACUUCUUCAUCCAUCAUCCCUUGAUCGGGACAUUGAGCGAAGUCCACGCCAUUAUCGUAUGGCUAAAAACGGCUUCCUACGCUUUCACCAAUCGAGAUCUCCGACACGCAUAUCUGCACCCCUCGAAACGAGAAGAAGAUGCUCUUCCAGAAAUAUACAAUGGCUGUCCAUACCCCCUCAAUAUCACCCUGAGUAACCUCACCUAUUUCUGGUGGGCGCCAACUCUAGUCUACCAGCCAGUAUAUCCGCGUACAAAGAGAAUCCGCUGGGUCUUCGUGGGCAAACGCAUGGCCGAAGUAUUCGGCCUCAACGCAUUCAUGUGGAUAGCGUCUGCCCAAUACGCCGCUCCCGUCCUGCGAAAUUCCCUCGAGGAAAUCGCCAAUCUAAACCUUGUUUCCAUCCUCGAGCGCCUUAUGAAGCUCUCUACCAUCAGUCUCGUGAUCUGGCUCGCCGGCUUCUUCGCGCUCUUCCAAUCCUUCCUCAACGCCUUGGCCGAAGUGAUGAAAUUUGGGGAUAGAGAGUUCUAUAUGGAUUGGUGGAAUAGCCCGAGUGUAGGUGUGUACUGGCGGACGUGGAAUAAGCCUGUGUACCAGUUCAUGAAGCGGCAUGUCUUCUCGCCAUUGAUUGGCAGGGGAUGGACUACGGGCUCGGCGAGUUUUGCUGUGUUUUUGUUCUCGGCGGUGCUGCACGAAUUACUUGUUGGGAUUCCGACGCACAAUAUAAUUGGUGUUGCAUUCAUUGGUAUGAUGGCCCAAUUGCCGCUUAUUGCCAUCACCGCACCGCUGGAGAAGAUGAAGGGCAUCAACGGACGGAUCAUUGGCAAUUGUAUUUUCUGGGUCUCUUUCACGCUCAUCGGGCAGCCUUUAGCAGCGCUCCUCUAUUUCUUUGCCUGGCAAGCCAAAUAUGGUUCCGUCAGCCCCAGCGCCAUGAAAGCAUAA